CUGCCGGGAGAGGCGGCCCCCCGAGUGUUCUGCUUUUAAUAAGCUUCCCAGCCAGCUCGCGCGCGCAGAGCGCUCCCCCCGGGCCCAGCCCGCGUCUCCCUGCCCGCUCCUCUCGUCCCUCCCAUUCUGCAUUUCCCUUCCGUUCCCUCCCAGUCAGGGCGUAAUUGAGUCAAAAGCAGGAUCAGGUUCCCCGCCUUCCAGUCCAAAAAUCCCGCCAAAGAGAGCCGGAGAGCAGAGCAAACCCAACGUGGAGAGAGGGGAAGAAAGAGACGAGUGAGUCACCGCCUAGAAGGCGCGCAGAGCCGCAGCGCCCCGCAGGAGCGAGCCGGGUACCUGGACGCUGCAGCGGCAAACCUCGCCCCUCUCCACGGAGCCAGCCCGAGCGCGGCGGAGGACGUUUGCAACUCAAAAAUGCAGUCUCAACAGUACCAGCAGCAACGUCGAAAAUUUGCAGCUGCCUUCUUGGCAUUGAUUUUCAUUUUGGCAGCUGUGGACACUGCUGAAGCAGGGAAGAAAGAGAAACCAGAAAAAAAAGUGAAGAAGUCUGACUGUGGAGAAUGGCAGUGGAGUGUGUGUGUGCCCACCAGUGGGGACUGCGGGCUGGGCACACGGGAAGGCACCCGCUCUGGAGCUGAGUGCAAACAGACCAUGAAGACCCAGAGAUGUAAGAUCCCCUGCAACUGGAAAAAGCAAUUUGGAGCGGAGUGCAAAUACCAGUUCCAAGCGUGGGGAGAAUGUGACCUGAAUACUGCCUUGAAGACCAGAACCGGAAGUCUGAAGCGAGCCCUCCACAACGCUGACUGCCAGAAGACUGUCACCAUUUCCAAGCCCUGUGGCAAACUAACCAAGCCCAAACCUCAAGCAGAAUCCAAGAAGAAGAAAAAGGAAGGCAAGAAGCAGGAGAAGAUGCUGGACUGAAAGACGCCACCGUUCGUGGAGCAUGAGAAGGACAUCAGCAGAAGGAUCAAUUAACUAUUGCAUUUAUACCUACCGUAGGCUUUUUAUUCAAAAAUUAUCUAUAGCUAAGUACACAAUAGGCAACACAAAGAGAAAAGAAAAUUUUUGUAGUAGCAUUUUUUAAAUGUAUACCAUAGUAUCACUAGGGGCUUAUAAUAAAGGACUGUAAUCCUGUUUAGGAAGUUGACUUAUAGUACAUGAUAAAUAAUAGACAAUUGAGGUAAGUUUUUUGAAGCUAUAUGAUAUUUUACUUUACUUUUUUUUACUUUGUUUUUUUCUUUUGACAGCAAUUUAAAUGUUAUGACCAUGUAAACUACUUUUCUUGUUAGGUAAAAUUUUUCACCUAGAAUUUUUUUCCCAAUUGAAAAAAUAUAUAUACUAAACAACGCAGCAAUAAAAUGUAAUCACUCUAUCUGA